AAGAACUACAACAUCCGUCGUGCGUAGCUGCAGGUCAUAUGAUCCUGCACGUGACGCUGGUGCUGGGCUCAGCCGCAAACUCAUGGCUGGUGUGUGGAGGAGCAGAAGGUGGGAGAGCUUUCUACAGACUCAUGAUACAGGACUUGGUUCCAAUCCAGCACAGGAGAUUGGUUUUUCACCCAGGGCCGUGUGUGUGUGUGCGUUUUUGUGAGUGUGUGUGUGUGUGUGUGUGUGUGUGUGUGUGUGUGUGUGUGUGUGUGUGUGCUGUCCGUCUGAAGGAAGACCUGCAUGGCAUUGUUUUGCCCCUGUGUUAAUACAGCUCCAGAAACACCACUGCCUGCUAACCAUUUCCUGUGACGUCUGGAGCCGUGACCCCUGACCCUGUGUGUGUGUCACUUUGGUGUAAAAAAAAAAAAAAACUGUGUGAGACAUGGCCGUGAACUCCGAGCCGAGUGAUUGGGGAUACGCUGGAAAUGACGAAGAGAAAGAGCCGCUACUUGUGGCACCGCAUGCUCAGUCGAAGCAGACUCAGGGCAAGACUUCGCCGUAUGGCGCGGUGUUUAUUGUGGUAAACGCCGCCCUGGGGGCGGGGCUUCUCAAUUUUCCUGCUGCGUUCUACAUGGCUGGAGGAGUUGUAGCUGGAGUAGUGCUGCAGAUGUGUUUACUGAUCUUCAUCAUCACCGGCUUGGUGAUCCUUGCGUAUUGUUCUCAGGUGAGCAACGAGAGCACGUAUCAGGAAGUGGUCCGUGCCGUGUGUGGGAAAAUUCUGGGUAUCGUGUGCGAGAUCGCCAUUGCUGUCUACACCUUCGGCACGUGCAUAGCCUUUCUGAUCAUCAUCGGAGAUCAGCUGGACAAGCUGAUCAACGCGAUGACUCAUGAGUCGGAUGGCGCUGUCAGCUCUCACUGGUAUACAGACCGCAAAUUCACCAUCACAGUCACCUCUGUGCUCAUCAUCCUCCCUCUGUCCAUCCCCAAAGAGAUCGGCUUCCAGAAAUAUGCCAGCACAUUCAGCGUCAUCGGUACCUGGUAUGUGACCGCCAUAAUCGUCAUCAAAUACGUCUGGCCAGACCCAGAAAUGUCACCUGGAAUCAUUCCUACCAGUCCUGCAUCCUGGACUGCCGUGUUCAACGCCAUGCCGACUAUCUGCUUCGGAUUCCAGUGUCAUGUGAGCAGCGUUCCAGUGUUUAACAGUAUGAGGAGUGCGACGCUUCGGCCAUGGGGGGGCGUGGUGACACUCAGCAUGAUCAUCUGCCUGUUCGUCUACACAGGAACAGGUGUGUGCGGUUUCCUGUCGUUCGGUUCCACGGUGAGUCAGGACGUGCUGAUGUCAUAUCCUUCCACAGAUAUCGCCGUGGCCAUUGCCAGAGCCUUCAUCAUCAUCAGUGUGGUCACUUCAUAUCCCAUACUGCACUUCUGCGGAAGAGCCGUGUUAGAAGGUCUGUGGCUGCGUUUUAACGGGACAGACGUGGACACAGACGUGGUGAGAGAGCGAAGACGGCGUGUCCUGUACACACUUGUCUGGUUCUGUCUCACACUAAUCCUCGCUCUCACUAUCCCCGAUAUUGGGCGUGUCAUCUCGCUCAUCGGCGGCCUCGCAGCCUCCUUCAUCUUCAUCUUCCCAGGUUUGUGUUUGAUUGAGGCCAAGAUCUCAGAGCAUGAUGCCAGAUCAGCCAGCUGGCAUGCGCUGGUGCUUUACGGAAUCCUCAUGGUCACAGUUGGCACGUUCAUCUUCGGCCAGACGACCACCAAUGCCAUCUACAGAGACAUCCUCAACCACUGAGACGGCUCGGACAGCUGUGCUUGACUUGCACGUAAUGAAAGAGUUGCCGAACGGCAACGCCACUUCCACACAGCGACCUCGGCUUUAAAUCUGCAAAAACGUUGCACAAAGGAACAAACGAUUAGAUCUCGUAAUAAGCUUAUUAGGCUGUUCAGCAUGCGGCAUGAAGCCUCCUACUAUAGACUCCAUUAACACACUACACAAGCAUGCUGGUUUAUUAGUUCAACUUUAAAGCAGACGUCCGAUCAAAAUCGAUUCGUUUUUUAAAUUUCCUUUAUUAACCUUUAACCUCUUUAUUGCAUUCUUAUAUUAUUUGUCAGUAUUUGUGGGAAGUUGCUAAAAAAUGAAAUUUAGCCAAACUGUAAAACGUUUUUAGCAUCUCAAGCUGGCUAUAAGGCUAAUAUAGCUAACGAGUAAUGGGGAAAAAAUAAGGCCGCUACUUCGCAUACCUAAAUCAUCACACACUCUGCUCAAACCAUUGUUAUCUAUAGAAACGGAGCGAAGGACGUCACCGAGCCAAACGCUCUAGUAGCCGAAUCACUGCGUUGAUUUUGUCGCGCUUGUUAGCAUCAUUAGCCUCAUAGCUCCAACACAAAAAGACUGAACUAAUAGGCAGUUAUUGUGAUAUUGGCAAACAUCUCCUCAAUUCUGUAUGCUUCAAUGUUUUUUUUUUUCUGAAUUGUCACUUUAAUAUAAUAAUAUAAUAAUUUUUAUAAUAAUCCUUUUAUCAGUUGAACCAUUUUAUUAGAGAUUAAUGCAAAAAUGAUUUUUUUUAAAAAAAUUCUAACCAGAAUAAUUCAAUUUAUUCCUUUAUUCCUUCUGAUACUGUUCCUUUUUGUGAUUUACGUGACCAAUACACGACUGCACCGAUCAGCUUUGGAAGAAUAUAAUAAAAUGAAACGGUGUGAAGGAAAAAAAACAAUUAGUGAAGUUUAGAGAAGCUGUGUGUGUUUUUUUUUUUUUUUCUUUUUUCUUUUUUCUUUUUUCUCUCUCCAUUAACACUGUUAUUGAUGGUGUGGUGAGGGCGAUGUUCUCUCAGGUGUCUUCCUGUAGCACAUAGUGGUUAUUUUAGUCAUUAAAUGUUGGGUAACUUCAUAAUCGGUAAAUAGCUCCAUGAAAUUCGGUAUUUAAAUACAGCUAGCUGGCUAGCGUUACACACACAGGGUUGUGUUAUCAAUGAUACGAUGAUAAUGGGACGGAGAAAUAAUGCACAGCCUCUCUGAACUAAGACAUAUUUGGCUGUUUUUUUUUUUUUAAUAGAUUUGUCAUGCCUGCACGCAUCAGAAUUAUGUCAGUCAUUCACAGUUUCAAUAUUUAGUACUGUUUUAGCACGUCGGAGGUUUACACUUUUGUAUUUUGUACGCAUGUGCUGAGUGGUUAUAUGGUAUAUCACACUAAUCAACCCAGUUUCCCCCAAAGUAGCUGAUUGUUGUCUCCUUAUUUUGGACAUAUCUGAAACGUCAACGGUGUCGUUUUUGGAGAAGACAAUCCACGCAGAAAGAACUGGUGUAACUUUUUUUUUUCACAUAAAAUGAUGCAAUACAAUGUGAGUGGAGGAAAAAGGUGCAGGUUGUAAUUUUCGUAUUUUCAGCAUGUCUCAUCAUGAACAUUUUUUUAAAUAUUUGUUUGAACUCAAUAAAGGGAUUUAAGUGUUUGA